AUGCUUGCGCCGUGGCCACGCACGAGCUGGAAUACCACCGAACAAAGAUCAAUGCGCUGCGAAUCUCGCCGGACGAUCACUACAUCGCUGUGGGCGACGCAGGUCGCGAAAUCAAAGUGUGGGAGGUCGGGAGAGAGGAGCCCGUGAUCACGCGCAAAUGGCUGGCUCAUCAGAGCACGGUGACGACGAUCAGUUGGUCUCCGGAGGGAGAUCGACUUGUCUCAGGAUCGGUGGAUGGACGCAUCGUUGUGUGGAACAUGAACGCGCCGAGAGAAAUCCACGAACGACCCGGCCAACACCCGGAAGGCGUGUUCUGCGUGGAAUGGACCGACAACAAUGUGGUGUAUUCGUGCGGAGAUGAUGCCUGCAUCCGUGAAACACAACUGGUGAUGU